AAUUCCAAUUCCACUUUCGUCACUCCCCAAACAAAAUGGCGGCCCGGGCAGUACAACAGGGAGUGAAACAAGUGAAACCUAUAUUAUCAACCGAUCGUACAGAAGCUAAAAGGAGAGUGCUUAACCUGUACAAAGCAUGGUACAGGCAAAUCCCGGCCAUCAUGAAACAGUUCGACAUCCCAGUGAGUGUGGCACAAGGGAGGGAAAAGCUGAAGGAGGAAUUCCUCAGGAACCGACAUGUUAAUGACGUCAGAGUCAUAGAUCUUCUUGUCAUCAAAGGUCAAAUGGAUCUAGUGGAAACUACUGAAGUGUGGAAGCAGAGAACUCACAUUAUGAAAUAUUUCAAGGACACAGAGGAACCAAGACCAACAGACUUCAUGUCCAAAUUUUAUGAUGGUCAUGAAUAACACUGAUCAUAUUAGUGCGUGUGAGACUUUUCAAUUUCAAUGUGUAGAGCAUGGAGCCACAAUGGAGUGCUGAGAUAGUGUUGUUUGUAAAUACAGACUGCAUUCAUGGAUGUAAAUUAAUAAAACUGUUCACAUACC